AUGCAGUCGGGAGCACCCCAACGCUGCGGCCAAUGCGGCGCGGCUCCUGAACUGCAGCCGCUGCACGCCCCUCGAGCCACCCAUCGACGGGCGAGGGAGUCCACGCGAGUCAAGGCAGAGAGCGGCGCCAGCGUGUUGCGGAAGAUCGGCCGCGUGUUCAAGGAGAAGGCGCAGGUGGAUUUCGACCGGAUUUUCAAGGGGACGACGAAGAUGAGGGAAAAGCUGGGGGUCGUGGAUGAACUUUUGACCUACUGGACUUUGGAGGGGACAGAGGACACCCUGGAAGCACUGGAAGAGAGUUUAAUUAUGGCUGACUUUGGACCCAAGGUGUCGCUUCAAGUGUGUGACGAUAUCCGAGAGAAGAUUCUGGCUGGGAAAAUUCAGUCUGGGGAUGACAUUCUGGUUGAGCUGAAGUCGGCGAUUGUGGACACCCUCAUCCAGAAGGGUGGCAGCACUGAACUCAAACUUGGUGAUGACAAACCCAGUGUCCUUUUAAUAGUCGGAGUCAAUGGUGGUGGCAAGACUACAACGAUUGGAAAGCUGUCGCACAGAUUCUCACAGGAAGGGGCAAAGGUCAUGCUGGGCUGCGGGGACACCUUUCGCGCAGCUGCCUUUGAGCAGCUGAAGAAAUGGUGCGACAGGUCAGGGGCACAGAUGGGACCCUUCGAGGAGGGCUCCAGGCCAAGCAAGAUCCUGUACAAGACAGUGGAGCAGGCGAUGAAGGCAGGGGAUAUUGACAUCGUUAUCUGCGACACGUCUGGGCGACUCCACACCAACUAUGGCCUGAUGGAGGAGUUGAAAAAGUGCCGUAGGGUCCUUGGAAACAAAAUGCCAAAUGCGCCCAACGAAGUCCUGCUGGUUUUGGAUGGAACCACUGGGUUGAACAUGCUGAACCAAGCUCGCGAGUUCCACGAGUUUGUUGGCCUGACUGGGCUGGUGCUGACGAAACUUGACGGCACAGCAAGAGGGGGGGCGGUUGUGAGCGUGGUGAACGAGAUCGGCGUGCCUGUCAAGUUCGUUGGGGUGGGAGAGACGCUCCAAGACCUGCAGGCCUUUGACCCUGUAACCUUUGUCGAUGCUCUGUUCCCUGCCAAGGAGAUGGCGGGCAUCACUGUGCCCUGA